GAAGCCAAAGAGGAAAUGACUCUCCCAGUCUUGGCCCCCGCCCGCCCCGUUCUCACACCCCCCUCCCGCCUUGGCUCCCCACCCCGCCCUGCCUGUCCCCACCGGGCCAAGGCCACCAGCUCCGGUCCCCCCAGCUCCAAGAUGUCACCACCAAGCCACCUCUACUUCCUCUUCCUCCUCCUGGGCUUGGCCCAAUCUUCUUGGACACAAGGUACAUCAAUGGCCCCUGACUUAUACGAUAUGGAGAAGAACAAUUCAACGCCAUCUGAGGAGCCACUUGCUUCAAGCUUAAGCACAGCUCCAAGCCCAACCACCUCAGAACUCCAGUCAAUUUCGAGAGAUCCUAGCAAAGAUGAUAAGGACACAGGUCAGACCAAAGCAGAGGCCACGAUGAAAACAACCUCAGUAAUGGGUAACUUGAACCCUACGACCGUAGGGAGGAGAAUAAGUCCCAGGACUCCUUCCAUCUCUUCUGAUCCUGAGGAGACUUGGAAUCCCUUCCAAAGUGAUGAAUACACUCUCCGGAAGAGGGGUUUAAUUGCAGCUGCUGUGCUCUUCAUCACAGGCAUCCUCAUCCUCACGAGUGAUCGGUGCCGCCAAUUCCGCUGGUGCAGAAGGCAGCAGCGGAGUGCCUACAAGGUGACCCAAGCCUGAGCCCCCAAACUCUCAUGAAGAAGCUCCAACGAAGCCAGAGCAGUGGAUGGACCCCAAGGUUCUGACCAACCCUGAGGCUCAGGGAGCUCUGGGAAGAAAGUACCACUGACCAGUCCUUUGGUUUCUCAUCAUCAUAACCUCUUCCUCCAGAAGGCACGAGCUCCCCCAAUUUCUUGGUCUCUCUGACCACCCCCCCCCAACUCCAAGAUCCCAAGUUUCUCAGCACCUAGCACAGUGUCAAAUGCUCAAUAAACAUUUGCGGGACAAA